UAGACAAUGAGGGGUGGGACAAAACUGUAGAUUUUAAAAUCUGUAAUCUAACCCCUAAAUCAAGAACAUUGCUCAAAGUUUGCUUUACACUUAUCGAGAUGGAGUCGUCAGGAGUCGAUCAGGGAAUGUUUAUUUCAAAGCGGAAGAAGCCUGUUUCUUCUCCGAGAAGUAGUUUCUUGUUUUCGGUUUAUCAGCUCGAGAUUUGACUGGAGAUAUAUGCCACGACUCGACAUGUUCUGCGUCUACACCAUAUUUCGCUUGAGGAAAUAGGACUGAUCGGAUUGUGCGUGAAUGAAAACUGAACUGUAAAGAGUUUAACUAGAGUUUACACCGAGAGUGCCAGGAUGUGGCAAAAGUUAAGGAUCCAGCACAUCUGGAUAUGACUUGCGCCGCUGAUUUCACUAUAUUCGCCGUUAGGAGAUAAUACUUUUAUGUUUUGAGUAAUGAGAGACGAGUUUCAUAAACAGAUGAAGUUUGAUCAACUUAAUUCGUGAGUGAGCACAAGACGAAAAUCAGACAUGAAGGCUUCAGAGAUGCUCACUGUACUGUUUGUUUUGGUGUGUUCAGGGAGAUAUGCAACUCUCGCAGAUGAAGGUGAAGAGGACAUUUUACAGUGCAGCUGUGAGAACACAUAUGCUUGCCUAAACAACACCUGCUGGGGUCGCAUUUGCUUCUACAGUUCGGUCUAUGAGCAGGUAGUCAGGGGCUGUUUUCCCACCAGCGAGCAAUGCCAUGUGCCUAAAGUACCCGAAGUGUAUUCCAAGUGCUGCUUCACACACCUCUGCAAUGCAAACCUAAGUGUGCCUGAAAAAACAGUGGAAACGUCCAUCAGAGUGAUUCUGCUGGUGGGAGUGCCAUUGUUGGUGCUGCUGGUGUUGUCUAUUGUAGCCUGUGGGCUCGUGUUGUGGCUGCGUACAAGGCGACAGCACCACGACACUUCCAUGCUCAAAGUCCCCAGUGGAGGGGACCCAGCAUAUGAGGAUAUCUUUGAUGAGUUUUGCACGUCGGGCAGUGGGACCGGCCUCCCUUAUCUGGUGCAGAGGACCAUGGCUCGACAGAUCUCUCUGGUUGAAUGUGUUGGUAAAGGGCGUUAUGGAGAGGUAUGGAGAGGCACCUGGAUGGGAGAGAGUGUGGCUGUCAAGAUUUUCUCUUCUCGUGAUGAGCAGUCCUGGUUUAGAGAGACUGAAAUCUACAACACGGUCCAACUAAGGCAUGAAAACAUCUUGGGCUUCAUAGCAUCAGACAUGACGUCUAAAAACUCGAGCACUCAGCUGUGGCUGGUCACACACUUCCAUGAGUUGGGCUCCCUCUAUGACUUCCUGCAGUACAGCACGCUGGACCCCGAGGGCUGUCUGCGCAUGUGCCUGUCCAUCGCCAGCGGCCUUGUGCACCUCCACACGGAGAUCUUCAGUACACAGGGCAAACCGGCCAUUGCACACAGAGACCUGAAGAGCCGCAACAUUCUGAUGAAGAGAAAUGGCCAGUGCUGCAUCGCAGACCUGGGCCUGGCUGUCAUUCACUCUCAGUCUAAUGACUAUCUGGAUGUGGGCAACAACCCCAGAGUGGGCACCAAGCGUUAUAUGGCACCGGAGGUUUUGGAUGAGAGUAUUCGUGUUGACGUUUUUGAGUCCUAUAAACAAACUGACAUCUGGGCCCUGGGUCUCGUAUUGUGGGAGAUAACUCGUCAAACUAUUGUAAACGGGAUUGUGGAGGAGUACAGACCGCCGUUCUUUGACGUGGUGCCCUCUGACCCAAGUUUCGAGGAGAUGAAGAAAGUGGUGUGUGUUGACCAGCACAGGCCCAGUCUCCACAAUCGACUACACUCUCAUCCGAUCCUGUCUGCAAUUGCGAAGAUUAUGAAAGAGUGCUGGUUCCAAAGCCCUUCAGCUCGACUCACUGCUCUGCGUGUGCGAAAGACCCUCUCCAAACUGGACCAGGACCAUGACUACGACAUAGACAAGCUCAAACUGGACCUCUAGAAUAAACCCCCUGCCAUACAUUUCCAAGGAAGUUAAAUUCUAAUGGACCCACAUGAUAUAUUUAUCCAUAUGAGUACUUUCAGACUCUUUUAAUGUGCUUUUCAAGCUUCUUGUCUUAAGGCUCCACUGAACAUGGUUUAUCUUAUCAUGACGUUGGUUCACUGUGGGAAGUCGAGGCCAUAACUCUGCAGUUAAAUGUUUCUCCUCAAAUAUAUCCACACGACUGCUCUUCUAGGACCUGCAUAUUUCAACACGGUGACUCAUUUGUUACUGAAAUUAAAACAAGGUUGAUAAACCCACAAAAUUAUUUUCAAUAUAGUGAGAAGGUUUUACGGGCAGGAUGUGGGUCAUUCUGGACUUCCUCACUGCGGUGUUUCCUGAAAUUCUUAACUUCCUAAACAUGACUCUAACCUAGAAAGGUUGGCACAUGCUUUAGACUGUUUGUUGCACUUAUUUUUUUUUUGUAGCUGUUUUUUGGUUCCAUGAAAGACUUUGAAAUGAAUUUUAAUCUUUUUAAGAACAAGAACUGCACCAAGUAAUUAUUAAAAUUUAGGACAUAUUAGUAUAGUGCACUUUUAUAAAUUGUUAAAUAUGUUUUACAAGAUCAAAAUUACAAUCACAUUAC